CCCUUCCAGCAUCCAUUCAUCCAUCCAUCUACUCCCAGACACCUCACUCGGUGGUCAGGUGGUCUUUUUUGUUUUCUUAGUUGCUGAUUUCAGUUGGUGACCAUCAAAGCUGAGGAGAAAAUGUAUGGAUUUUCAAAUGAUCCAUAGCAUCAGCAUUAAGAUCCAGAGAGUGAAAAAGGUUGGGAGGAGAUGAGAGAGUCUGCUUGGGAUGAGGAUGCCUUGGAGGGGGAAGGAUGUCGUACUGUUCCUCUUUCUGGCCACGUUGGAUUUGACAGCCUGCCUGACCAGCUGGUUAAUAAAUCAGUUAGCCAUGGUUUCUGUUUCAACAUCCUGUGUGUGGGAGAGACCGGGCUUGGAAAAUCAACGCUGAUGGAUACCCUUUUCAACACCAGAUUUGAAGGCGAGCCAGCUUCUCACUCACAGCCAGGAGUUCAGCUGAAAUCCAGCACUUAUGAUCUCCAGGAAAGCAACGUCCAUCUGAAAUUGACCAUUGUUAGCACAGUGGGCUUCGGGGAUCAGAUUAACAAAGAGGACAGCUAUAAACCCAUUGUGGAGUUCAUUGAUACCCAGUUUGAAGCUUAUCUGCAAGAGGAACUGAAAAUCAAGCGGGUGUUGCAUAACUACCAUGAUUCCCGGAUCCAUGCCUGCGUGUAUUUCAUCGCCCCCACGGGCCACUCUUUGAAAUCCCUGGAUUUGGUAACAAUGAAGAAACUUGACAGUAAGGUAAAUAUCAUCCCUAUUAUUGCCAAAUCAGAUGCCAUUUCCAAGAGUGAACUGACGAAAUUCAAAAUAAAGAUCACAAGUGAACUUGUCAGCAACGGGGUUCAAAUCUACCAGUUUCCUACAGAUGAUGAGUCCGUAGCAGAAAUAAAUGGAACUAUGAAUGCCCAUUUACCUUUUGCUGUGAUUGGGAGCACAGAAGAAAUCAAGAUAGGAAAUAAAAUGAUGAAGGCACGCCAGUAUCCCUGGGGGACAGUGCAGGUGGAAAAUGAAGCACACUGUGACUUUGUGAAGCUUAGAGAAAUGUUGAUCCGUGUCAAUAUGGAGGAUCUUCGUGAACAGACACACACACGUCAUUAUGAAUUAUACCGGCGAUGUAAACUGGAGGAAAUGGGAUUUAAGGACACUGACCCAGACAGCAAGCCAUUCAGUUUACAAGAAACCUACGAAGCCAAAAGGAAUGAAUUCCUGGGAGAACUACAGAAAAAGGAAGAGGAGAUGCGGCAAAUGUUUGUUCAGAGAGUCAAGGAAAAAGAAGCAGAGCUAAAAGAAGCUGAAAAAGAGUUACACGAGAAAUUUGAUAGGCUGAAGAAGCUGCAUCAGGAUGAAAAGAAGAAGCUGGAGGACAAGAAGAAAUCCCUGGAUGAUGAAGUCAACGCAUUUAAGCAGAGGAAGACAGCAGCUGAAUUGCUCCAGUCUCAGGCUCAACAGGCAGGCGGUUCGCAAACACUGAAAAGGGAGAAGGAGAGAAAAAAUUCAGGUUUCCUGUAGAUCUUAUCUUUUUGCUCCAGAAACGACCAUCCCACCUUUUGAGUUAAUAUGUACUCCACUCCAAUAUCUGUUUGUCCAACUCACCCCCCAUUGUACUUUCUUGCUCUUUUUUGUUUGUUUAAGUCCUAAUGUAAAAGGAAGGUGUACUCACUUCAUUAUUCUUUUGGAGAACUCAGUAGACAUUUCUAUGGAGCUGAUGGGAGAAGCUCUGAGUACUUCUUUGCCUUAACCCAAGCUUGCAGGACUAAUGUCCCCAAUAUAUUUUUGGUUUGCAUCUCAUUAAUGUGUUGGGGGGGUAUGCAUAAAAAUUAGCAUGUUUGCUUUCAGGCUGCACCACAGCACCUGAGCCUGUUGCAUUCUCUAGCGAAGGCAAAAACAUUGUGUAGAAGAGGUUUCUUAAAAUUUCCUUCAUAGCAAGGUUUAUAAGAUUCUCCCCUGCAAGUCAUUUCCCCAAUUAAGGGUGCAUUCACACUGCAGAAAUAAUCCCGUUUGACUUUACUUUAACAAGAAUUCUGCAAAUUGUAGUUUGUUGUGGCAUCAGAGCUCUUUAAGAAGGCUAAAUGUCUCCCAAAACUACAGUAUCCAGAAUUCCAUACUACUGAGCCACUGCAGUGUCAGACUGGAUUAUUUCUGCAGUGGAAAUGCAGCCUCAGUUUUCUCACUGCAUUUUGACAAUUAGUGGUAAAAGAAACUCACUAUAAAUACCUAUUGCAAAAACAGGGUGUUUUACUAGAAAAGGAUCAGUUGGUGGAAUAGUAGUCCCAGAGCUUGGGAAAAAUUAUUUUGUGGGGACUGUAGCUCUCAGAACGUCCCAGCCAGCAUGGCCAAUGACUAUGAUGGGUGGUGGGCUUCUGAGAGCUAUACUCCAAAACAGUUGUAUUUAUAAUCCGGGAUAUAUUUCAGAUGAAUUGUUCAUCUUGUUUUAUAUGAUCAGGAGCCAUUCUGCAGGUCUCAGUAAGAUUAUUUUUCCAUUAGCUUCUCUUUGAAAAAUAGGAAUUACAUGAAGGAUGGAACCUAAGUCCCUUUGCAUGCAAAAUGUGUGCUCUAUCACUGAGCUAUGGUCUCUUCAGAAGAGCCUUUCAACUCAUGACUUUUUGAAUUAUUGGUCCAAAACACACUGCAGAAACAAUCCAGUUUGAGACUGCUUUAACUGCCCUGACUCAGUUCUAGGGAAUU